UGUGGCGGGGCGGGGACGCUGAGGAGUGUCAAGGUUCAUGCCAUGGUCAUGCGGGUCAGUCCAGGUGCCAUCGUGUGGACGUUGUUGGUCUUGGGAGGCGCCUCUCUUGUGGGCCAAGUAGUGAGAGUUCUGAGCAUUGAUGUAGAGGAUCCGCCUGAAGAAUCCACUGCGGCAGGGAACCAGACAAGAGAAUCAGAUGUAGAAGGUCUUGGUUCAGGAAAUGACCAACUCUUAUGGUUCUUGCAGAUCUCAGACCUUCAUCUCAGUCUUUUUCAAGAUGGCACAAGAGCCACUCAGCUUCAGGAGUUUGCCACUGUAACAGUGAACACCAUCAAUCCAGGAGUAGUUCUUGCCUCAGGUGAUUUGACUGAUGCCAAAAAUGAAGACAUGUUAGGCUCCCAGCAGUAUAUUGAGGAGUGGGCCACUUACAGCGACAUCCUCAAGCACAGUGGAGUCCUUAACAAGACUGUCUGGCUUGAUAUUCGAGGAAAUCAUGACAACUUCAAUGUGCCUUCAUUGGCUAGUGAUGAGAAUUUCUAUCAGCGGUAUAGUGUGCAGGGCCCCCACCACUCCCGCUCCUACAGCUACACCCUCAAAUUGGAGGGACAGUCAGUUACCUUCAUAGCUGUUGAUGCUUGCCUUCUUCCAGGCCCAAGAAGGCCUUUUAACUUCAUUGGCAUGGUCACUUCCUCUGAGAUGCGUCUUUUGGAGGAGUUUGAGAGGGCGAGCCGCAAGAGUAAUCACACCAUCUGGUUCGGUCAUUACCCCACAUCAUGCAUCCUCUCCCCUGAGCCAGGCAUACGCCGGGUGAUGGGGCGUGGGCUGGCCUACCUCUGUGGACACCUACACACCCUUGGGGGCCUUGUGCCCAACAUGUACACCCGCCAGCAUACUGGCUCCCUUGAGCUGGAGCUGGGAGACUGGAAAGACAGUAGGCUUUUUCGUGUAGCUGCAAUAGACCACGGUCUAUUUUCUUUUACUGAUGUGAAGCACGCUACCUGGCCUGUUAUCCUCAUCACAAACCCUAAGCAUGCGCUGUUUGCUAUGAAGCACCAUGAGCCACUGCACCUUAUCCAGAAGUCAACACACAUCAGAGUGCUGAUAUGGUCCUUCUCUCCCAUCGUGGAAGCCAAAGUGAGGGUCGGGGAGUCAGGGCCUUGGCACACCCUGGCACAGGUUAAGGAGGGGCCUCUCUUUGUGGUGUCAUGGAACCCACAAAAGUACAUGACAGGACUUCACACGAUUAUGGUAUAUGCAAAAGACUCAAGUGGAAGGGAGCAGAGAGUUGAGCAGCCUUUCUCCCUUGAUGGCUCUCAGCCCUCCUUCAGGUUUUGGCCAAGAGCUCUCUUGAUGUCUAACAUCUCUAUGUGUGCAUCUGACUGCUCUCCAGCUAGUACUGCUGGUAGCUAGUUGAGUGGAAGGUUUUACCUCACACUCCCACUCUCUGCCCUGCACACUUGGCCACAAGGACCAUGGCUGCCAUGGCUCAACCCAAGACACUUACUACUACUACUGCCAAUUGCUGCCAUGUGCUUACCAGCCUGUCAUCAUAAGGGAAAGUGUAGUGUCAUUACACCCACCCACACACCCACCCACACACACACACACAUGCACACACACACACACACACACAUGCACACACACACACACACACAUGCACACACACACACACACACACAUGCACACACACACACACUUUCAUCCAUUCUCAUAAUUUAUUUUCUUUAUACAUACAUAACUUAGCAAGGGGAAUAGGGUGUGUGGCAUGUGAAGGUCCCAGCAGUACCCAUAUAUCGACUAAUAAGCCUUGUUCUAAUUGGGAGGGUACUUGCUGGUGAUGACAAGUCCAGCUCGUGAUUAGGCUGUGGGUGAAUUACACAGACACAUGUAGUAUUUCUCAUGGAAUGCAUUGUCCCCUGCCAGGCCCAGCAAAAGGAGCGUCUUAGAAAAAUCUAACUGUUCUUUCGGGUUGUAGCACCACUCAAUCCAGAUCAUUGGUCUCUCAUUAGCUCUCACACAAAACACUGUAGAAGCUUUCUCCCUUGCUAGUGCCUCCUUUGUAACCAGCAAUAGACAUUACAUUUCUCAGUUGAGGUUACAAGUUGUGCCAUGAUAGCACAGCACAACCGAGCCGAUGAGUUGGCCUGUGGGGUGUAAUGCCGGGGUUGGGGUAUUAGUGUUUGUAAACAUCAUGCCAGUUAUGUGUGUGUGGUCAUUGUCACACCUUCUGCAUCUUUUUGCCUCUAGUGAAUGUUUCAAUGCAGUGUACAUUAUACCCCCUGCAGGGUGUUAAAAGUAAACUAACAUCUUGCAUUUGCACAAAACUGAAUUAACUUGACAUUUUUUUAAACUGAUUUAACUUUAAAUUGAUUUACUACUGAACUUCCUAUUGGGCAAAAAGAACCACACUCAAGUAAACUGUUUGGAUAUUUAUUUAGUUAAGGGGAAUGGCUGCCAGAAGUCACUUUCUGAACAAUACUUUAUUUUUUUACCACUCCCUCUUGUAAUUAUACAUUCGGGGUGUGAGAAAUUAGCAGUCAGUACAGCUAUUUAACUAUAUUUAGUGUUUAAAUAAUGAAGCAUAAAUUCCUGAUCAAUAGUUUUGUUAUCAUUUCUGGCAUUACUUUUAAUUUGUGUUUACCAAUUAAAUUUCUUACUUUUCCUUUCCUUUAAUUUUUUCAGUUUCAAUUCCUGUUUGGCAUUAUGGUUUGUGUGUGUGUGCUGCCGCUGUGCGUCCUGCGGUACGUCCAUCGCCUGGCUCUCG